CCAAAGGUCUAUUUUUAUUAAUUUUGACCGUUUUCUGAGGCACGAAGGUUAAAACGACCCCAGAGCCUGCGUCGUCGUGGGAGGACAUUUAGGUCAAGGGCUGUUUAGUGGAUGCUGUCGUCCAGAGUGACCUGCAGUCACUGCAUGACACGAGUACAGAUAAGAUGCAGCAAAUGUAUCUUACAAAUCUAGAGCCUAGCCGAGGUCAAUGUCACAGAUGGAAACGGAUGCUUUCCUUUGAACGCACACACGAUAAAAAAAGAAAAUGCGACAAAAAAACAGAAUAAUUCAGCGUCUGUGAUUAGAGAUGGAGAUGUGUUUAUUUUAUUUUUUUUAAAUGUGUAUGUAAUGUAUCAUGUUACCCGUUUCUGUCGUUUUGCAUCGUUCUCUGCAGGGCUGUUCAACCUGCGUGGGUCAGACAUCGAAUACAACCCGGUGUUCUUUGCCUACUCCGUCGUGGGCAUGAAAACCAUCAGGCUGUUUGUGGACCUGAAGCGUCUGGAGGACCCGGCUGUCAGGCAGCACCUGCAGCUGGACGCCCCCAGCAGGCCCGAGCUCAGCAUCCAGGCGUCCCCCUACGAGGCGGUCCACACGGAGCUCCAGGCCGUGUGCGCCGCGCUGGGCCCCAAGGACAAAGUGUGGAUCUGUGACAAGGCGGGCUGCGCCCUCACACAGGUCAUCCCCAAGACCCACAGAUCCCAGAUCUCUUACACCCCACUCUGCCUGGCCAAGGCCGUCAAGAACGCCACCGAGAUCCAGGGAAUGAAAACAGCCCACAUCAAGGAUGCUGUCGCCCUUUGUGAGCUCUUUGCCUGGCUGGAAAAAGAGAUUCCAAAGGGCACCGUGACGGAAAUCUCCUCCGCAGAUAAGGCUGAAGACUUUCGCAGCCAACAAAAAGAUUUCGUCGGCCUGAGUUUCCCCUCAAUAUCCAGUGUGGGUCCCAAUGGAGCCAUCAUACAUUACAGACCCCUGCCGGAAACCAACAGAACUCUCUCGCUAAACGAGGUCUACCUGCUCGACUCCGGGGCGCAGUACAAGGAUGGAACCACAGACGUCACUCGUACCGUGCACUUUGGAACCCCUUCUGCCUACGAAAAGGAGUGCUUCACCUACGUACUGAAGGGACACAUCGCUGUCAGCGCCGCGAUCUUCCCCAACGGAACCAAAGGCCACCUGCUGGACUCGUUUGCCCGUGCGGCGCUGUGGGAGGCGGGGCUGGACUACCUGCACGGGACGGGGCACGGCGUGGGCUGCUUCCUCAACGUCCACGAGGGGCCCUGCGGCAUCAGCUACAAGACCUUCGCCGACGAGCCCCUGGAGGCCGGCAUGAUCGUCAGCGACGAACCUGGCUACUAUGAAGAUGGAUCUUUCGGCAUCAGAAUUGAAAAUGUGGUGCUGGUCGUGCCAUCCAAACCCAAGUACAACUACAUGAACAGGGGCAGCCUGACCUUUGAACCUCUCACCCUGGUGCCCAUGCAAGUGAAGAUGAUGAACACAGACAUGCUGACUCAGAAAGAGCGGGACUGGGUGAACGACUACCACAGGCAGUGUAUGGAGACAGUGGGGGCGGAGCUCCGAAGACAGGGCAGGAAGGAGGCCCUGGAUUGGCUGAUCCGAGAGACCCAGCCCAUCGCCUGAGACCCCUCCCCUCACUCCCUUGCACUCGCAGAAUCCCUCGCCCCCGCCCCCCCCCCCCCCGCCCGCCCCAACCAGCACCGAUCCUUUUGAUAAUGACGCAGGAUUCUGUGUUUCCAAUAGCUCUGCAGUGAUUGUCGUGGUACUCUGUGCCGUCUUCAUCUGUCACGCUCUGCUUCUUUUGUAAUUCGCAGCAUGGUGUACGCUGUUUUAACGUAAACACAUUAAAAUGGCAAUGAAGUCGACGAUGGUCG